AUGGGCAGUCUUCUUAGUUCAGUGUUCGCCAAUUUCUUUAUGGAAAAGUUUGAACAAAAAGCGAUUGAGACUUCCAAACACAAACCUUCUGUUUGGUAUCGUUACGUGGAUGAUACUUUCGUGAUAUGGAAACAUGGACAAGAAAAACUAGAUCAGUUUCUAAAACACCUAAACUCUCAACAUAACAUUAUUGAAUUCACAAUGGAAUUGGAGAAGGAGAACCAAAUACCUUUUUUGGAUGUCCCAGUAAAAAGAGUGGGUGAACAUUUAGACCAUACAGUAUACCGAAAACCUACACACACCGAUGGGUAUCUACAUAAACUAUUUAACCAUUAUCCUAGUCAAAAGCAAAGGCUCAUAGAACGAGUCAAAAGGAUAUGUGCCACACACCACCUCGCUGAAGAACAAGAAUACUUGAAAAAAACACUACAGGCCAACAGAUAA